CAAACAUUGCAGUGAUGCAGUCAAACUGUACGCACGAUGAUGAACUUUACCUUGGUAACAGCUUUACUCUGUACCUUCAGUUGGAUCUCUGUCUCAGUUUCUGAGUUUCACACUGUGGAGGUUCAGUCUGGUGAAGAAGUCACACUGAUGUGUUCCAACUUUACCAGCACGCCCUCUCACAUAAUCUGGUUCAGACUGAACAACAGACCCAAUGCCAGCUGCAUCUCAUCUAUGUCCAACUCUGAAAUGAAUACUUCGUUUUGUGAUGGAUUUCAAAAUAGCAAAUUUAAUAUGACGUCCAACACCACGACCAUCUUUCUCAAGAUCAAACAAGUGGAUUUAUCUGACUCUGGACUGUAUUUUUGUGGAUUUUACUCAAAUGGAAACUCAGUAAUUGUCAGUGCAACUUAUUUAAAGGUUCAAGAAGCAUUUGAUGGAAUAACAAAGCUGAGAAGUGUGAUCCUGGGUGCUGUGUUUAUUUUCCUCAUUAUGGUCAUCAUCAGUCUGGUUGUCCAAAUAAGGAAACUUCAUUCAGCUCAUAAAGAAGGACAGAAUCUACAACCCAGUGAGAAUCUGGGCUCUGAUGACCUGAACUAUGCAGCGCUGAGUUUCCGCCCGAAAGCAAAAAGCAGUAGAAGGCCUGCAUCAGAGAACCAGCUGGAGCCAAAUGUUGUGUAUGCUGCCACCAGAUAGACUCAAGAAACAUCUGGAACAGCAGCUCAGAGUGGAACUGAUGAUUGAUCAUAUCAAACUUCUUCUAAGGAAGACUUACCAUCACUGUUAUAAAAAUUCUGUAUUCGCAAAUCGUGUUAUAUCUGAGAGACAGUGUGGUGUGAACGCAACAGAGCUGAAAAUCAUGAAGUCUGUUAGAACAAAACUCUUUAUUUGUUGAAAAGCACACAGUACAUUAAUAUAGCAACUGGACAUUUAAAUUGUAAUGUCAAAGUAAGUGUAAUGACAAAAUGAAAAAAAUAAUUUUUAGUCAAGAAUUUUCUCAUUUGCCAGCAAUAUGUUGAUCGAUGUCCAUUGUUUCACUGUGGUGACAAACAGCACAACCUGGAUCAGUGAGGUCUCUAAAUUUCUAUCAUUUAAAAGGUCUCGACCAUGAGAAGAUCAGCCUUCAACAUCUGCUGUUUUAUAUUUGUAGAAAAGUGAUUGUUGAGCAUCUUGUUGGUGAUAAAUCAGUGUAACAGUAACAUGUAACAGUCAGUAACUGUGUCACUGCUUCCCUCAUCACACUUAACAGACCCUUUGCUCGCACAAACUCACAUCACAAAAAAAAAAACAAAAAGAUACCUAUUUCAAGGUGACACUUGCAGUCUCAUAUAAAAGCAUUUACUCUGCUGAAGGCUGCACAUUUGGCUGCACAGCAGGUGAAUAUCCCAUCCGUCUCCACUGUGAGAUGCAUCUGAACCUACUGAGUCUUGCAAACAUGAAUCCAAAAACCAUCAUUGGCCAGGUAAGAGUGAACUGCUAUUACUGAUACAAUCCUUUAAUCACCUACUAUUGAGUGAACAUUACAUUAUAAAACAUAAUGCUUAAUGAUGAUUAAUGAUUUUCAAUGGCAUACUUAGGAAAACUGUAACAAUUACAAUUCUAAAAUAAUAAAAAUUGUUUAAAAUGCUAUGAAUGAAUGAAUAAAGUAACUCCAG